AGAGCGUGGCCUGUCUAGACGGGUACCUAAGGAUCGAAGACAUCGAUUCGAAAGUUCUUCCUCCAAACGACUCGACGGACACCGUGCCACAAUACACGGUACUCGGAGAUGAGAUGAGUUCGCCUGCUUUAGCCGUUAUACUGUUUCUACCCGAGUUUGGCGUGGCGUGUUCUCAGAACAUCAGACGGCAUUUCCAGAAGUUUCCGUGGCGCCACCACCACACGAUUCAGUUGCAGAAGACGGGGUCAGCCAGUGUCCUCGGGAAACACGAGUUUUACUUCCUGUCUCGCCAGCUUCCGUUGUGGAGCGUCUGCACGUCGCUCCACAGCAUCAGCUACGUUCGCUUCAACUUAUUCGUUCGCCGAUUCAACGCCAUGGUGGAGUUUUACAGACUUAUAACAGGGGCUGAGAUGGAGAGCCGGAAACCAGGGUUCAGCCUGUUUACCAUCGGGACCAUGAGACCAUGCGGCAGCGCCUCACAACCCCAAUCGUCGUGUGAGCUCGCGUUAAAAUACUCGCCGCAAGUCUCACCCUACCCACUGACGGACGCAUAUUUGACCUUCCCAGUUCACGACCUUCAUUCGCUGCUGACCAUCCUCCCUUCUGACGCCCUCCCUCUUUCUCCGCGAGACUACCUCGUGCGCGACCCGGAUGGGAACGUUGUGAUUCUGCACGAAGUUCAAACAAUAGAAACCACCGGUGUUGAUGCUACACACGCGAAACUGACACGGCCUGCGGCAAUCCACGCCCAUUCCGCGGACAAGGCCAGUGUUCACAGCGACAGCAUAGACUCGGGAAGGUAUUCGGAUUUCGACGUAGGCUCCAGCGAGCUGGACCAGUGCAUGACUCGCCUGGCCGCCCUGUGUAAACUGGACGCGACCACAGCGCCUCCGCGGUUGUCAAAAGUCAACGAGGAUCAGACGUUUUCACGGAACAGCGACAGGAAUCACUGUCAUCCUUAUCCGGUAAAACUGGAUAUGAGCCGCGCUCAGAAUCCUACUCGGGAAUGGAGUCAUGCCAAGAAGCCAGAACCUCACAGCGAUUAUAAUCCCCAGAACACCAUUUCAUGUUUUACCACACACGAAGUGAAUGACAAGGCAUCGCUUCACUACCUCCCCAAAGAUCACACACAACACAGCCAGUCCGACCUCAUGCGCAAUACACACUGUUCGCUGCCUGUAAAUAAUGCAAGUAAUUUUAAGUCUAGAUCUGUCAUAGGUGGCCAGGUAAUUCCUCAACAUUGUAAUGAGCCGAAGCAUGACUGCGACUGCUACACCAGUUUUUCAGACAAUGUGACGGGAACAAACCUCGUUGAUACUCACUGUAAACAUUUCGAACUUUUCCCCGAAGUCCCCAACAUUCAUAUAUCUAAGAGGUUCCCUCAAAGCGCCGACCAGGCAUCUACCGCCAAAUGCCGGGACGUUUACCCAUCCGCGAAAGAUAACUCCGAUCAGCUUUACCGGUCCAGAAUGAACCACCCUGACAGUUUGACUUCAUCGUCAACCUCAGAUUUAGAAGAACCUUAUCGAACGAGAAAUCGUCAGACUGCCGAUGUCAACCCGCCGUAUAAGGUUACAUUUGUGUGACACGUUAAUAUGUAUAUUUGGGCGUGUUACCAAAGUUUUCUCCUUCGAGCACCGCUGGGAGAGCUCCUACUUGACGGUGUGAAUGUGACUUCUUGACAAGUUAAUUAAAAUUUGUUGUUCUCGAUCUCGCUGAGACGAAGACACGGCCGCAACAUGAUAUCAGCUAUUUCAUGUAAGGGAGCAACGUCGGUGUCCUCAGCCAUCUUGCUGUGCAGGCCAUGAGAAUUCUCGUGAUUUUCUUGGAAAUAAAAUAUCUUUGGCUC